CAGACCUGGCUGUGUGCGUUUGUGUGUGUUUUUCCAUCUCAGAGCAAAGGGGAUCGGGGAGAGUUGAACAGGUUCUAAAUCGAAGUGUCUCACGGUUUCAGGAGUUUGGAUUGUUAAUUCUUGUCUGAACCUGGCGGGUCAAAAUGGGUUACAGGACUGUGGUGAUGUACUCAGAGAUUGGCUGCUUUGUGGUCUGCGUGGCUGGAUGGAUCCUGGUCUGUUCAACGCAGCCCACAGAGAUCUGGACUUGGUCUGAGGUUGGCAGUAUUGUCCUAACGACAGCCAACUACUUCUCCAAUCUGUGGAAGGACUGCAUUUCUGACUCUACCGGUGUAUCUGACUGUAAGGGAAUUCCAUCAAUGCUGGAAUUGAACUGGGACAUUCACAUGUGCCGAGCUCUCAUCAUCAUCAGCAUUAUCUUGGCCUUCUUCGGAUGCAUUCUGGUCUUAGUGGGAAUGAAGUGCACCAAGAUUGGGGGCUCAGAGAUUACCAAUGCAAAAGUAACAUUUGCUGGUGGAAUGAACUACCUUAUAGGAGGCCUGUCCGCAAUGACAGCGUUCUCAUAUUAUGGAAACAAAAUUCGAUCAGAGUUUGACAACCCCAACUUCGUUGAACAGAAGUUUGAGAUCGGAGUUGGAGUCUUCAUCGGCUGGGGAGGCUCCACUUUACUUGUUGCUGGAGGCCUUGUGUACUGUAUCUUAGCUGGGAGGGAAGCAUUCGACUCAAGACCAAAGAAAGACCUCAUUAACCAGUACCCUGGCUACACCUUUGUUCCGUCAAGAAAGAGCUACGCAUCAUCAGCUCGCACAGAGAUCACAGACACCAAGAAAACAAGAAGCCAAAGAAGCUCAAGCGAAAGCAGAAACAGCAGCAUCUCUACCAUCUCCAGCUAUACUAGACAGACGGGCAGCAAUGUUUACGUCUGAAUUUUAUUUGUAGAAGGGAAGCAAUGUGCAGUGCUAUGAAAAAAUAUUCGCUCUCCCUACAUAUAUUUUUCUGCUCCUUUUUCUUUCCCAUAUCUACAUUUUUAGAUCAAACAAGGCAUUUUAAUGUAAGACAUAGAUAUUCUAAAUUAAUGCAAAAUAUGGUUUUCAUAUGAUAAUUGCAUUAAGGGAAAAUUGUUGUAAAAAAAAAAAAAAUCAUCCAAUGUAAAAUAAGUAAUUUGUGUAAGCAUGAAUAAACUCACUAUCUUGAUUUU